GUAUCAUGAUGUAAACAAACAAGGCUUUCGGAACAGGAUUUGUUAUCCCAUUCGCCUUCAUAGUGUGCAGUAUAAUUUAACUAAUUAUUAUUUGAACAGACUGAAAGUAGAAUUCACAUAUUCCUGGUUUUAACUUCUUCUAUUUCAAAUGAACAGCUUUAUAUGUCAAGUAGUUUAACCAGUUUUAUCUGUGAUACUAAAAUUUUGUUCCUGUUUUAAUUAUUCGAUGGUAAAGUGUAAAUAAAGUCCUCGAAUGUCCAUUGAUCACUCAAACUUAAUCGUUCUCAAAUUUUCAAAGUAAUCGAUAACAUUGACACGGUAAAUAAUAAAAAAAAAGACAACGAAGAAAUCGGCAAACAACUUGCGCAUAAAUAUGAGCCGAACAAAGUGCGCCCACAACAGUCCGUGAAACGAUUGUCAUCGAAUCGACACGCUUUUAUAGCAGACAAGACAGCAACUUCAAGCAGUUCAUUGGCCGCCGUUGAAGAAGAAAGUAAAAAUUGGUCGGAAUUUUUGUGACUCACGAAAAGAACCAGUUAAUGGGAAUAUCUCACACGAAUGUCGAGAUGAAGGUACGUUUAUCAGGAGCUAUUUUGGUCUUCGCAAGCUUGAUAGUCGCAGCAGCAUGGGCACAGCACUCGGAAAGCAACCCGGUAUGGGGCUACCGAUGUGUAGACAGUCGUUGCGAAAAAGUUGCUCUGGAUGCCAAUGAUGCACUGCAGAAGGCGGUUAGCCUGUCGGUAUGUCGUCUCUACUGUAACGAGAUAUUCGGUACGCUGUGGCCCCGUCCGACCGGCGAGUACCGUUUGGGGAACAAUUUGAUCCAUAUUAAUGGGUACGAUAUUGAAUACCAGUGGGAUAAAUCAUAUGAAGCAUUAAGUAAGAACUGGGACACUAGCGUCGAGCGGUUCCGGUCCCAGUUGAUGAAUAAAGCUUCUGGCGAGCAGUUGAAAUCCGGAGGAAAGCAUAUGGUAGUAAGAGUGACCGUUGAUACAGAUUCGCUUGUACUGAACCAUGGAACAGACGAGAGUUAUAAGUUAGCCAUAACUGGGACGGAUGCAGGAGAUGUGUCGGUAAAGAUUGACGCGAAAAACUAUUUCGGAGCUAGACAUGCUCUGGAAACCUUAGCGCAGUUGAUCGUAUUUGAUGAUUUGCGGAAUGAAUUGCAAGUUGUGGCAGAUGUAGAAAUCCAAGAUGCUCCAAUGUUUCCACAUCGUGGAAUAUCAUUAGACACUUCGAGAAACUAUGUCGAUUUGAAAUCUAUCAAAAGGACGAUCGAUGCAUUGGCGAUGGUUAAAAUGAACGUCUUCCAUUGGCAUAUUACUGACUCGCAAAGUUUCCCAUUAGUCAUAAAGUCUCAACCGCUUCUGCAUACGUACGGCGCCUACUCACACAAAGAGAUCUACUCGGACGAGAAUGUAGCUGAUAUAGUCAAUUACGCUUUGGCGCGUGGAAUUCGUGUCAUUCCGGAACUGGAUGCUCCGGCACAUGUUGGCGAAGGAUGGGAGAAAACAAAUCUCACCAGCUGUUUCAACUUUCAACCAUGGGUUAAAUACUGUGUGGAACCACCGUGCGGCCAGUUGGAUCCUACCAAAGAUAAGGUCUACGAUGUACUGGAAGAUAUCUAUCGCGAAAUGAAUGAUAUGUUCAGUAAGUCAGACGUAUUUCACAUGGGAGGAGAUGAAGUAUCAUUAAGUUGCUGGAACUCAAGCGUUGAAAUUCAACAAUGGAUGCAAUCGAAAGGAUGGGGCCUGGAGGAAGCAGACUUCCUGAAGUUGUGGAAUUAUUUCCAGAGUAAUGCACUAGCACGACUUGAUAAAACCACAGGAGAUAAAAGGCCAAUAGUGAUGUGGACAAGCCAUCUUACGGAAGAUCCCUAUGUAGACAAGUAUCUUGACAAAAAUCGAUACAUAAUUCAAAUCUGGACCACUGGCUCUGACCCUAAGCUAACGAAGCUCUUAGAGAAAGGUUUUCGUGUGAUCAUUUCCAACUAUGACGCUCUUUACCUGGACUGUGGAUUUGCUGGAUGGGUUACGGGUGGUAACAAUUGGUGUUCACCAUACAUCGGCUGGCAGAAAGUUUACAAUAACGACCUCAAACUGAUGAGUGGACCCUACUCUUCACAGGUUCUGGGAGCUGAAGGCGCUUUAUGGACAGAGCAAGCCGAUCAAUUGACAUUGGAUGCCCGUUUGUGGCCAAGAUUAAGUGCGUUGGCCGAACGGCUCUGGACUGAUCCUCGCAGCGGUUGGGAACAGGCUGACUCACGAAUGUUGAUCCAUCGAGAAAGACUGGUUGAGAACGGCAUUGCUGCAGAAAGCUUGCAACCGAAGUGGUGUCUGCAAAACGAAGGAAACUGUCCGAUGGAUCAAGGCAGAAUUUAGUAUUCUUUGACACUGUCCAUGCAGCUGUGAUUUUGCUUGAAUAAUCCGUCGCUUUCAAAGCUAACAGGCAAUGUUCAGUACUUGAUAACAGUUUAGAUAUUGUUAGUAUUAUGAGCAGAUCAAAAAUUGAUUGUGUAGAAUUUACUUUUACCGUAUUCUUUUCACAUAAAUCGUUAAAGCAAUUUUUUAUAAUAAAAUGAAUUUACAAACUCCGCUAUUCAUUAAUAAACAUU